AUGGAACAAAGAGGACGCCAGGCACCGAGGCAGCAAUGGCGCUGGGUCGCAUACGCGUUGGCUGCGGUUGCGCUUUGGAGCGGAGCUUCAGCUCAGCUCAGAUACUCCAUACACGAGGAGGUGAACGAAGGAAGCGUUGUCGGGAAUAUCGCCAAGGAUUUGGGACUGGACAAGAGUACGCUAAGAGACAGGGGGUAUCGUAUUGUCUAUGGCUCGAACGAGCCACCUUUCCAGGUGAACCAGGACGACGGCGUGUUAUACGUGACUCGAAAGAUAGACAGAGAGGAGGUGUGCGAGCGGAGCAGCGCGUGUUUGAUCGACUUGAAAACAGUUUUGGAGAAUCCGCUGGAAGUGCACUAUGUCUCGGUGGAGGUGUUAGAUGUAAACGACCACUCCCCCGUCUUCCCGGAGAAAGAGAAACGACUGGAGAUAUUUGAGUCUGCGUUACCAGGAGUGAGGUUUCAGCUACAAGCCGCGCGUGACGCCGAUAGCGGUCCGUUGUCCGUCCAGCAGUAUAAACUGAAUCACAACGACCAUUUCCGUUUGGAAGUUAAAGAUCGCGGUGAGGACCGUAAAACACCCAUACUAAUCCUGCAGAAGCCGCUGGAUAGAGAGUCUGCGAGGAGCCAUACGUUGUCGCUCACGGCCAUAGAUGGAGGAAAACCUCCGAGGUCUGGAGAAAUGAAAAUAUUAGUAGAUAUAUCAGAUGUCAAUGAUAACCCUCCAGUCUUCACCAAGGAGUCUUACUCGGUGCAGAUAAAUGAAAAUUCUCCUCGAGGCACAGUUGUUGCGCAAGUGAAUGCUACAGAUGCAGACGAAGGUUCAAAUGGUGAAGUUGUGUAUUCUUUUGGUAAUGACGUGGAUGCAAACGCGCGUGCACGUUUCGAAUUGAACCCAUUAACAGGAGAAAUACUGGUGGCAGGAGUAAUCGAUUUUGAAGAAAAAAGCAGGUAUGAGAUUGACAUCCAAGCAUCCGACAAGGGUUCUGUUAUAUUGACCACAGACAAAACUGUUGUCAUUAAUAUUGUUGACGUCAAUGAUAAUGCACCCGAGAUCGAAGUGACAUCCUUUUCCAGUGCUCUGCUGGAAGACUCAAAACCAGGCACAACGGUGGCACUAAUCAGUGUAAAAGACUCGGAUUCUGGUCUCAAUGGAAAGGUUUUGUGCUUUAUAAACCAAGAUGUCCCCUUUACACUGAGCCCAUCUUUAAAAGAUAACAUGUACUCGCUAGUGACCAAACAUAUUUUGGAUAGAGAACAGCAAUCUCAUUAUGAUCUUACAAUAACUGCAAGAGACGCAGGUGACCCACCCUUAUCAUCUGACAAAAUGAUAAGUGUACUUGUGUCUGAUGUUAAUGACAACAGGCCAGAGUUCUCGUUGAAUCCUUAUUCUUUUUACGUUACAGAGAAUAAUGCUGCAGGGUCCAUUGUAUUUUCAGUGCAAGCUUCAGACCGUGACGAUGGCGAGAAUGCCAAUAUUCUGUAUAACAUCUUGAGAGAUGGCGCCAGUGAUAAUGUUGCAUCAUACCUAAAUGUAAACCCUGAAAGUGGUGAUAUAUUGGCACUUAAAAGUUUUGACUUUGAGACUUUGAAGACUUUCCAGUUCCACGUGGUUGCCACGGACUCCGGAAGUCCCCCGUUGCGCAGCAACGUGACAGUGAACGUGUUCAUCCUGGAUCAGAACGACAACGCUCCAGUCAUCUUGUAUCCAGUCAGUGCUAACGGUUCUGCUGAAGGUGUGGAGGAGAUUCCCUGCAAUGUGAACGCAGGUCAUCUGGUGACUAAAGUGAGAGCGUAUGACGCUGAUAUAGGAUAUAACGGCUGGUUGUUAUUUUCACUGCAGGAAGUCACUGACCACAGUCUGUUUGGUUUGGACCGCUACACGGGACAGAUAAGAACACUUCGCUCAUUCACAGAGACAGACGAGGCUGAACAUAAACUGGUCAUACUGGUGAAAGACAAUGGGAACGUGUCACUCUCAGCAACAGCUGCUGUGGUUGUCAAGGUUGUGGAGCCCAAAGAGGCUUUUGCUGCUUCUGAUGUUAAAAGUGCAGCAAAAGAUGAAGAUGAGGACAACGUGACACUUUAUUUGAUGAUAACUUUGGGCUCAGUUUCAGCACUUUUCCUCAUCAGCAUCAUCGUGUUGAUUGUAAUGCAGUGCUCCAAACCUGCAGACUAUUUCUCCAAGUAUUUACAAGACCCUAAUUAUGACGGGACUCUGUGCCACAGCAUCCAGUACAGAUCUGGAGACAGACGGUACAUGUUAGUUGGACCCAGAAUGAGUAUAGGAUCUACUAUAGUCCCAGGAAGCAAUGGGAAUACUCUAGUGGUCCCAGACAGGAGGCGAACAUCUGCAGAGGUAAGACAAAUAUAA